AUGAUCCUAGCCUGGCUUGGCUUCCACAGAUUCCUGCUCCGCCUUUCCAACCACCCCAGGUGGGCCUGCUACAAGGGCCCCCGCCGGCAAGCCCUCCUCUUCUGGCUCUUGUUCCUCUCUUUGCCCUGCCGCGUCCUGUCAUCGACCUUCAAGGUGGGCGUGAUGGGGCCCUGGACCUGCGACUCCAUCUACGCCAGGGCCUACCCUGACGCAGCGGCCAAGCUGGCCGUUGCCCGCAUCAACAAGGACCCUACUCUGAACCAGGGCUACUGGUUUGACUAUGUCCUCCUCAACGAAGACUGCAAGUCGUCUCAGGCCAUGGUUAGCUUUGUCAACUCGGAGCGCUAUGCCUCUGGCUUCGUGGGCCCGGUCAACCCAGCCACCUGCGAGGCAGCUGGGCUGCUGGGCAGAGCUUGGAACAAGCCUGUCUUCUCCUGGUCUUGCCUGACUGAUGAUGCCGAGGUGGAACGUUUCGGCACCUUUUCCCGGCCGCUGCCCCAGGCCUCCGCCGUCCUCUACACCGUGCUCAAGUACUUCCGCUGGGCCCACGUUGCUGUGAUCAGCUCCGGGCAGGACCUCUGGGUAGAAGUAGGGCAAGGCCUGGCGGAGUCGUUGCGCAACUUUGGCCUCCCUGUCACUGUCGUGACCACCAUGGAGGACGAACCGAAUGGGGCACGGGAUGCCCUCCGCCGGGUACAGAGGGCCUAUGAUGUACGAGGUAUGGCUGGGUUGGGGCCACAUGUGCUUGCGUGACUCUCAAAGGAAGAGGGUCUAAUAUUUGGGGGAUAAUCGUUAGAAAACUUCUAGGUUCUGCUGAGGUUCUUAGUGUGGAUAAGGUCAGUUCACGUAGUCACUUUAAAUGAGCAGCAACUGUUCUAUGAGGUGCAGUCACGUACGUAUGACAGGCUUCUCCACCCUCCGGCCUGACCAGUACUUUUAAGAAGUAGCCUGAUGGGACAGGAGAUAUGCAGGAUCACGACCCAACAGCAUUUGCCAAGAAAAGCUUCCAAGCUGUUGCCUCAUGAUAAAUUGUGGUUCAACCCAGCUUCAGUGCACAAUGGAGGUUAAGAAAGUAUUGUUUAUCAAGAUGAAGUAAGAAUGUGGCUUUAGUGCUUUCUGUCUCUGUAUAAAAGCAGGUGAACCAGGACAUUUGGGUUGAAAAUACAUACAGAACAUUUUUGAAGGGGAAGAUUGCACAACACCUACAGUACUUCCUUAUCUCUGUCUAGCAGAGACUUCUAAUGACCCCCAGGAACUUUCCAGAUAUAGUUUGUAACACCCUACGAUUGCCCUCCAUGAACUGGUCCACACUGGAUAAUGAUGACGUACCCAACAUCUGAGUUUGUCAGGUGUGGGGGUGUAGGCUGUAUGUCGAGACCCUCUUAACCCCCGAAUCCUGCAUGUGUUAAAAUAUAAGCCAGGCUAGCAUCCUGUGGAAAUGAUAGUCUGAGUGAUGGUCCAUUAAGUAAGCAAAGGAAGGCGGUAUGUGCAAGACAGCAAAAGGUUUGGGCCCCUUCCCCUAACUCAUGGCUGGUUAGAAGGACAAAGGCAGGGAGCUGGGAGUGGUGUGAGCUUAGAAGCAAAGCAGCAAGCUGGAGAGAGAGAGUCUGCGCAAUGUUUGAUUUCUGUUUGAAUCCAAGGCAGGGGCUGUGGGAGAAGCAAGGCCCUUUUGGGGUGUCAAUGCUAUGAACCCCUCCAGGGUGGGCUCAGGGUAUAUAUGUGUAUAAAUAAACCAUAUAUCAUAAAUACACCACAGUUUCCGCUGUGCCUCGCUCCGUGUUGGGCAGAAACUGGCGCACCUGUAACAAUAUACACAUUUUGCAGGACCUUUCCCCAAUACAAUGCUUUUGUAUGCUAUCUUCACUGAUAUGUGCACAGUUGACCCUAAUGCAAUGCACUAUUGUACACAUUUAUCGACUGGAGAUUGGAAUUUGGAGAAAUGCAAAUUUUGAAGGAUGUCUCUUUGUUGCGUAUUGUUUCGCAAAGGGUGAAUUGUGUAAAUUUGCCUUUAAAUGUGAACUAGGGUUGCCAUGGGUAGGUGGCGCUGUAGUCUAAACCACAGAGCCUAGGGCUUGCCGAUUGGAAGGUUGGCGGUUCGAAUCCCGUUGUUCGGUCCCUGCUCUGUCCCUGCUCCUGCCAACCUAGCAGUUCGAAAGCAUGUCAGAGUGCAAGUAGAUAAAUAGGUACUGCUCUGGCAGGAAGGUAAACGGCGUUUCCGUGCGCUGCUCUGGUUCACCAGAAGCGGCUUAGUCAUGCUGGCCACAUGAGCCGGAAGCUGCAUGCCGGCUCCCUCGGCCAGUAAAGCGAGAUGAGCACCGCAACCCCAGAGUCGUCCGCGACUGGACCUAACGGUCAGGGGUACCUUUACCUUUACCUUUAGGGUUGCCAUACGUCCAGAAUCUCCAGAUCUAUCAAUCGAUUGAUUGAUUGAUUGAUUGAUUGAUUGAUCAAUCUAUGUAUCAUCUAUCUCCAGAAUACUGCUUUGCCUCCCCCCAAAAAACCCCACUCAACAAUUUUACCCCCAAAAAACUCAACGUUUCUGAUCAGAUUUUCACUGUUUGAAAUAUGGCAACCCUGUGUGAACUGAAUCAAAUUUCUCCCCAUCCCUAUUCCCCAGCAGCAACCCCACUGAAAAUAACCCCCAUAUGCUGCUAUUAGCCGAAGGAAAAAAAAGCUUCCCUUAGCCAGUGGUGCCAUCAGGGCAGGAUUUUAGGGCAGAUGUCCAGGGCCCCACUUUGGAGGAAUGGACAGGAGGGGCUAUGUGCAAACCACCUAAAGAAGGGCGCUCCAUACGACCAUUAAGUCCGGAGUCUGCCAUUAGUAGCGUGGUGGUUGGCACACUAUUUCCAUCAGUAUCAUGGCUGGGGAGGGAAAGUGUUAACCUCCCUUCCUGUGCACUGUAGUCAAAACCAAAUUGCGCACCUAGUAAACAUAAGCUACGUUAUUAUUUUUUAAAAUGUCUAAACCUCCCUUUAUCCAAACUGAUCCAAUAGGCCGACCCUCUCUAAUGGUACCUGCCCCCUUAAAAAAUCAGCCGCCUGAGAAGGAAUGCCUCACUUUCCUGAUGGUAAGACUGCUUGUGGUUCUAAAGCAACCUUUCCCAAACUUGGGUCUCUGGCUGUUUUUAGGACUACAAUUCCCAUCAUCCCUGACCACUGGUCCUGCUAGCUAGCAAUGAUGGAAAUUGUAGUCCCAAAGCAGUUGGAGCCCCAAGUUUGGGAAACACUGCUCUAAAGCAACCUUCCGCAACCUGGUGUCAUCCCGAUGUUUUGGACAACAUCUCCCAUGGCUGUACUGGCUGGGGCGGGUGAUGGUUUGUGGCCCAAAACAUCUGGAAGUCAAAGGCUGCUGUUGCUGUGCAGGGAUGGUGGUCAGACAUCACUGCUAUGAAGAGUCCUGAAACUAGUAGGUAUGUGAGGUGUAAGAUACUUAUUUCAUAAUUUUUAUACACUACUUGGUUGUGUAUAAAAACACACACACCUCAAAGCGCUUUACAAAAAGAUAAAAUCAAGAAAAACUUAGAAUAGUUUUAAACAUACAAAAAGUUAAAAUACUAAAACUCACAGUAUAUCUUCCAGGAUUUUUGGGAAAUCAGCGUGCAUUAAAUGUAUGUUAUGGACGUGGCUUUAGCAUAUUAAUAUUAUUAUAAAGGUAAAGGGACCCCUGACCAUUAGGUCCAGUCGUGACCGACUCUGGGGUUGCGGCGCUCAUCCCGCUUUAUUGGCCAAGGGAGCUGGCGUACAGCUUCCGGGUCAUGUGGCCAGCAUGACUAAACCGCUUCUGGCGAACCAGAGCAGCGCACGGAAACGGCGUUUACCUUCCCGCCGGAGCAGUACCUAUUUAUCUACUUGCACUUUGACAUGCUUUCAAACUGCUAGGUUGACAGGAGCAGGGACCGAGCAACGGGAGCUCACCCUGUCAUGGAGAUUUGAACCGCCAACCUUCUGAUCGGCAAGUCCUAGGCUCUGUGGUUUAACCCACAGCACCACCUGUGUCCCUUAAUAUUAUUAUAAUUGUUCUUAAAAUGGUCACUUUUUUUUGCAAAAAGGAACCCAAAGCAAAAAUAAAAACUGCUCCAAAGCUAUAGCAAAAUAAAAGCUAAACGCAUUCAUAUACAUCAAAGGCAGUCUAACACAUCCAACCGACAUCCUAAGGGACGUCGCAAUAUCUAAAACUUUCCAGCGUAAAGGGCCCCCAAACUGACAGAAUGGAAAUAUUCUUGCCUUUUGCCUAAAAAUAGCCAGUGAUGGUGCCAGGCUUCCCUUCCUGGGGAGGGCAUUCCAUAAAUGGGGAGCUACCACAGAAAGGACCUGUUCUCAUGUUGCCUCCCUCCGCAUCUCCUUCAGAGAGGGCACAUGGAGAGGGGAUAAAUGCAGGGUCUGGGUUGGCUCCUAUUAGGGGAGGCAGUCCAUUUUGCAGAAGGUCACUUUGCACAUACACAGAGGCCCUCUUCAUCUCACUGCAGUCCCUUGGUGAGCUCUGGACUUUACACUGAUUUUCCUUCUAAUCCCUAACCCCUGGGUAGGCAAACUAAGGCCCGGGGGCUGGAUCUGGCCCAAUCGCCUUCUAACUCUGGCCUGCGGACAGUCCGGGAAUCAGCUUGUUUUUCCAUGAGUAGAAUGUGUCCUUUUAUUUAAAAUGCAUCUCUGAGUUAUUUGUGGGGCCUGUCUGGUGUUUUUACAUGAGUAGAAUGUGUGCUUUUAUUUAAAAUACAUCUCUGGGUUAUUUGUGGGGCAUAGGAAUUCGUUCACCCCCCAAAAAAAAAUAGUCCGGCCCCCCAUAAGGUCUGAGGGACAGUGGACCGGCCCGCUGCUGAAAAAGUUUGCUGACCCUUGCCAGGCCUAACCCUUCCCACUGUCUACCCUGCCUGUUUCCUCCUCCUCGUUCCUUUCCUAUCCAGUGAUCGUCAUGUGUAUGCACUCUGCCCUGCUGGGUGGGGAGGAACAGCGCCUCCUGCUGGAGAAGGCCGAGGACCUGCGUAUGACAGACGGGACCUACGUUUUCAUCCCCUAUGAUGCCCUGACUUACAGCAUGCCCUACCAGAAGGAGGCCUACCCUGUGCUGGAUGACAGCCUCAAACUCCGCAUGGCCUACGACGCGGUGCUCACCAUCACCAUCGACUCUCCGGAGCAGUCCUUCCGGCAGACUUUCAGGGAGGCUCAGGAGAAGAGGGAAAUCCCUGGCCACCUGGAUGCUGACAAGGUGCAUCUGAGGAAAGAGGCAGUGGGUGGUGGUGGGCAGGUACAAAGGAUGGCCCCAGCAGGGCCUCGGUUCAGUAUACCUGAAGGAGCAUCUCCACCCCCAUCGUUCUGCCCAGACACUGAGGUCCAGCUCCGAGGGCCUUCUGGCAGUUCCCUUCCUGCGAGAAGCCAAGUUACAGGGAACCAGGCAGAGGGCCUUUUCGGUAGUGGCACCCGCCCUGUGGAACGCCCUCCCAACAGAUGUCGAAGAGAAAAACAACUACCAGACUUUUAGAAGACAUCUGAAGGCAGCCCUGUUUAGGGAAGCUUUUAAUGUUUAAUAGAUUGUUGUAUUUUAAUAUUCUGUUGAAAGCCGCUCAGAGUGGCUGGGGAAACCCAGCCAGAUGGGCAGGGUAUAAAUAAUAAAUUAUUAUUAUUAUUAUUAUUAUUAUUAUUAUUAUUAUUACUGUUUGAGGUGCAGGAGAGGCUCAGAUUUAGGAGGUACCCUAUGCCGUCCAGAGCGCUGUGUGUUCACAACUGCAUUCCUUUUUAGAUCUGCCUGAAUGAAGGGCGUUUUAGCACUGCCGCGGAAUACUCUUCCAGCAGAGGUUUGGCAAGCCGCCUCACUUCUGACCUUCUUAUGGCUCUUGGAUACCAUUUUGUGUGCCUAUUCUGCAGCAGGGCUGUUCAUAAAAAACUUUUUUUUCAUUAAAAAUGCCUUCUCCAAAGGUCUUCUUCUUACCGCACUAGGGAUUAUAUAGCUAUAUCUGAACUUUCAUGCAUAUCAGCUAAUAUCUUGACCCUGCUCCACUGAAUUGAAAUUUCAGCCUUCACGACAUAGGAAAAUGGCCAAGUAAACAGCUAUUUUCGUGGAGGAGGUUCAAGGUAUUAACUGAUAUGUAUGAAAAUUCAGAUAUAGCUGUAUAAUCCCUAGUGUAGUAAGAUAAGACCUUUGGAGCAGGCAUUUUUUAAAAAAGUUUUUUAUGAACCACCCUAUUCUGCAGUUUAAACUUUUAAGAUGAGCCAGUCAUUUUUACGAUGAUUCUGCAUUGUUUUUAGAAGUAUUUUACCCCCUUUCUAAAUCUGGUUGCACACUGCCCUGAUAUUUGGCAUCAGAGGGCAGUCUGUAAUUUUAAGUAAGUAAGUAAGUAAGUAAGUAAGUAAGUAAGUAAGUAAGUAAAUCAGCACCCACAAAACUAUUUAGGGUCCCUCCAGACAUCAUUCUGUUGCAUGUCCAUGCUGAUUUGUGGUCAUGAAGCUAUUGGAGCAAUCCUACACGAUCCCACUUUCAGAACUGUUUGCACCUGCAAAUGUUUUGGGGUGGUCAUUCCUACAACUGCUUUUCUUACCAGUGCAUAUCCCGUAACUUCCUGCUGAAACCCCACAACUUUUUGUGCCCCCAAUGUUCUGGUUUGUUUGUUUGUUUUGUUCUGCUUUCGUUGCGCUAUAGCUCUUCUGGACAGCAAUAAUGUGGCAGCAUUGCAGAGCAAUGAACAAAGUAGGACAGCACAGGGCACAGAGGUGCCUUCACUCUUGUAAGGCGAGCAAAACAAAUGAGGGGAAUCAAGAAAACAGAAACAAAUGUUAUCCAUUAGCACAAUUUAUUCAGGUUGCAGAAUUUGAGAACCUGGUCCUAACUCUUGCUUGCUUCUCUUUAAAGGCACACCCCCUGUUUGGUACUAUCUUUAACUCCAUCUACUUCCUGGCCAAGGCAGUGGAGAGUACUCGGAAGUCCGGCAAGUGGGUGAUGGGCUCCACCAUUGCAGAGCACGCCAAGGACUUUGAGCUGGAAGGCUUCAGCCAGCCAGUGUCAGCCGAUGAAUACGGAGAUGCCGUGCUCCCCUAUAUCAUAUUGGACACAAAUGGGAAGGGCAACCGCCUUUGGCCCACCUACAGUGUGAACGUCGCUGCUCGAACUCUGCGCUACGUUGGGCACACAAUCCAUUGGCCUCACAGUUCCAGUCCAGACACGGACUCCAUCUGCUGGUUUGACUCGGUCACCAUCUGCAAUGGGGGUGAGUGCUGAAGUGAGCUGCCUGGGUGUGCAAGGAUGGAGAGGGAGAGGAAGGAUGGAGAGGAAUUUGGUUUGCAUUUAAAGGCCAACUUCCCUAAUUCGCACUUUCCAAAACAAUACGAGAACUGAGACUCGGCCAUCCUUUUUGAAAUUUGCUCUUCCCUGAAUUUCACGGUGCAGUCCUCCAGCCCAGUAAUGUGUACAAAAAUGCAUAUACUAGGGUAAAGUGUGCAUAUGUUACUGAAAAUAACAUACGAAAUUUCAUUAUAUUAUGGAAAAUCGCUUUGCAAAAAUGUGUAUAUAAGGGGAAAUUGCACACAAAGUUAAUUUCUGUGGGUCUAAUCUAAAUUAUAUUUUGUUGAAUACCAUCUAUUAUUAUAUUGUAAAAACAGUGCGAAACAAAUUUUACAUGACCCCAGUUCUGGUCAUGAAGGGAAAUUACCAAUACUAAUACUAAGCUGUGAAGGCCCAAGUGAAAAGAAUUGAAAGCCUAAGAUUGUAGGUGCCUGCCUUAUUUUGAGAGGAAGUCAGCUCCAUACUGAAGGCCCUGUUCUAUCCUAGCCAUCCAUCCAUCCAUCCAUCCAUCCAUCCAUCCCACCAGCUUCAAAUAUACCAUCCAGUUGAUUGAUCAACCAAUCUCAUAUACGCUAACUAUGUGUCCUGCCAGCCCACCUCAUAUAAUCCACUCGCAGACCCUCCAACUGGGACACACAUCUUUUGGCGCCACACUCCUGCAUGAAUCACAUGACCCAUGUGAGAUCGCAGCCCCCAAGGACGUGCUUUUUGGGGGGUGAGAUCACGGCACCCACAAUGGCGCUUUAGGAAGGUGAGAAAGGAGCUGUUGAUUUUAUAGGCUUGUGUGUCUUAUGGUAAAGUCAUGCAGGGAAGAGAAGACAAGGAAAGUCUGGGGAGAAGGCAAAAGGCAUCUCUGUCAGGAUUUGUAAUACUACAGUGGGUGGGUGGAGAUAUUUUGCAUGGAACUCCCCAUAUGUGACUAGGAGGAGAUGUUGAUGGAGCUGGAAAUAACCUCUCAAGCCUGUUUCCUGGAAGUGGUCCCCAGCAGUAACACUCUUCUCCUUCUACUUCAGGGGUGAAUGCUGGUUUUAUCCUCCUCAUAUUCCUCCUGGCUAUCUGCUUGAUGGUGGGUGGAGCUGCCCUUGCUUUCCAUCUCAGGUGAGUUACGCAAACACCUCUGGUGACUAGGUCUGCUGGACAGCUGACAUUUCAGAUUUCGGGACCUCCCCGUGAUGCCUGCUUUAUCUUUACGAACGACCAUUUUUUAUUUCUGCUCUGCUCGUGUUGUUGAUUCCCACAGGCGGCAGUUUCAGCAUGCCCAGCUAAUGAAGGGGCCCGACAAGAUUGUCCUCACCAUGGAUGACUUGACCUUCAUCCAUACCCAGAACAGCAAGAAGGUGAGGAGUUUGUCUCUGUGGGAGGGACCAUUGAGGAGACUAAGGGGAGGCUGGCAAGAUGGAGCGCUGCUAAGUCAGAGAGGGAUCAAAACAGGCAAUGCGAGUAAUAGUAAUACUCAAGGUUUCUACGACGGUUGCUUCAUGCAACUGAAAUAAAGGACAGUGCACAGAAAGGACUGCUGUCUUUGGUUAUGUAGGAACAGAUUCUUGGCUUCAGACGUUGGAUGGGUAUGAUGGUCGGGCCAGAACUGUUUGAGAACACAGAUGGCUGCGGUAUUGGCCAAGGGUCACUACUGUAUGAUAAAUGUCCAAGUUAAGAAUAAGAAAGCUGUUCCUUAGUUCAUGGUUCUCCUCCCCUCUUCAUCCCCCCCAGAAAAUGGACGACAGUCGAAAGAGUAUGUCGGACAUGAAAAGCCUCAAGAGUGUGGCGGCAAAUGCAGAAAACAGCAACAUGGCUGUGGUUGAGGUAAAAGCAUGUCCCCUCCUUCACAGUUCCUAGUCCUGCACCCUCCCUCUUUCCCAGUUACUAGUGGGUGGGCCAGGAGAAGCCUUUGGUGCAAAGCCAUUUCCUCAGGAGGCGCAGAUGGUGUUCUUGCCAGCAGCCUUUCCUGGGGCAGUGCCAGCACUGAUAUCAUCAUUGCGGAAGGGUGGAGGCUGGAAAGAAUGCACUAAAAUUGGGUGGCGGGUUUUGAUGGUGACGCCAAGCCAUCUCCUUUCCACUCAUUCUAAACAGUUCUAUUCCACAAACAUCCUUUUUCAUUGGGCUCAGUUUGUCGCACUGCUGAAUCUCCCUUCACCUUUAUAUAACGGUGUUUUGUUUUGAAAUAUAUCCUCCCAGGGUCCUUGCCAUUUUACAUUUUCCAGCCAUCGCCCACUUCCUGUCAUGACGGGUGCCAUUUUGAGAGGCUGAGGCUGCUUCCUGAUUGGUGACUCCUGCCACAAUCCAAUCAUUGCUCUUCCGUUGUACGCUACAAGCGGAAUUGCAACUGACUUUUCCUCCACCACCUGGAAUAUUGUGCCUUUUCUUUGUGUACAUCCCAUUAUGCCCUGUCCACACGGUAGGCGUGUCAUUUGAAGCUCAGAACACACUCAGUAUGACCCUUGUGGUGGGAGACAUUUUAUAAGCCCCAUCUGUCCCCCCCCCAACUGCUCUUUUAAUUAGUUCUGAAGGGCUUUUCUGGCUAUAAUUUUAAAAUUAAAUUAUUGAAUAAUUACAGCUGACAUGAAAUGCGAUGUGCUUUGAAAAUGUAACAUGACUGUUGCUCUCAACUGCAUUACUUCUUACGAGAAGUUUUACACUGUGCUGAUAUUUGUCAAAAUGAAAUACUUUUUAAAAAAUUUUAUUUUUAAUAUAGCGUUAUGGGGGGUUGUAGCACGGUACUGGUCUUUUUAUUUUAAGAAAAACAUAGCUAGAAAAGCAUUUUGGCACUAAUUAAAAGAUAGAGUUCAAAAGCAAACAAGGAUUUAAUAAUGUUGCCCAUUGCAAAAGGUUGAGGUAUGGUAGGUUCACUUGCCUGAUUAAUGCCCAUGACAAAACCCCACCUUUCUUUUAUAAGUCAGAAAAGUAGUGUGAAAAGUAUGAAUACCUCUUUUGAAAGAAAGAAAAAAAAGAGGCCUUCCUGAGGUCACAGAAGAGACAGGAGAACCACGGGCAGAACCCAGGAUGCCAUAGGAAGCUGGCUAUAGUGAGAAAGACGCCAUUGCAGAUAGAAUCUGGACCUUUGCGCAUGCAAAGCAGAUGCUCCACUCCUCAGCUGAGGCAUAGUGUGGAUGCCCUGUAAAAAGAAAGUGAGCGAAGCACAGCAACCCCACAUUCAGUGACUGGUGAGGGGCAGUUGGCUGCCACUGGCUCAGCAGUAGAGGACUGGAGGGGCUUUCAUGUUCAGGGAGCAUGCCCAGGUCCAUCCCUCUGUGAAGGGUGACCUCGCUGAUUCCUGCAGCUCCCGCCACUGAUCUCAGCGUGGCUCUGCUUGCCAGCACUGCUCCCUGCUCCCUGGAGACCUUGCUUGCUCCCCCGUCCCCCAAUUCAUCACCUUUUCCUGCACCGUAUUGGUCAGGAAGUGAUGUGUGGCUGGGCAUCCUCUCCUUCCCGCUUCACUACUCAACCACACUUAUUGGGCUCAUGAUUGGGAUGUUACAGAGGCUAGGGUUGCGACCCCUCUGGUCAUGGCAGGGAGGCUGUUGCUAGGAAACCAGGAAGUCGUGGCAACAGGCCCUUCUCUAGAAGCAGUUGUUUCCCUGUUGGCCAUAAUCCAGCCCUGGGGUCUGUGGUGCUGUGCCCCAAGUCCAUGCUAAUUCCUGUAAAGGUCAUAUUCACAGCAUAUGAACUAAAGCACUAGGAUACCACUUUAAGCAGACAUGGUUCUCCCACUGCAAAGAAUUCUGGGAGAUGCUGAGAGCUGUCCGGAGAAUGCUUUUCCUCCCACAGAGUCAUAGCUGUCAACGUUUCCCUUUUUUAAAGGGAAAUUCCCUUAUUCCGAAUAGGAUUCCUCACAAGAAAAGGAAAAUGUUGACAGCUCUGCACAGAGUUACCAUUCCCAGAGUUCCCCAAGAAGAGGGGCUGAUUGCUAAACCAUUCUGGGAAUGGUUAACAAACUACAACUCCCAGAAUUCUUUGGGGGAGGCCAUGACUGUUUCAAGUGGUACCACGGUGCUUUAAAUACCUGGUGUGAAUGUGGCUUAAGUGAACACAGCUGAGAGGCUAUGCCUCCCCUCUCCCCACAGUCUCUCUGGGGUGGUAGCACUGUCUCACACAAGGAUCCUUAAGUCUGCUCUGACACCAGUGUAUUUUUGUGCAAAAUCUUUAAUGAUCCUUGUGAGCCUAGCCAUGGCACCGUCACUAUGUGCUCGCCACUGUAAGUGCCCCCAUCUUCUCCAGCUCACUUCUGCCUCCCCCAGCCCCACAGCUCUACUCACCUGGUUCCCAUCCUACAGUUUGCUGAGAGAGUUCAGUGUUUAAUCCCUAAAGAGGGGUUUGAAUCCGCAGCAUGUCUGUCUGAGAAGCCCAUUGCUCCAAUCUCCAGCAUUGUUUGUUGGAGGGUGAGGCAGGUUGUCACAGAAAUGUACUUAGCACAUGCUCAGAGGCACCCUCGUAAUUAUGAACUCCCAUUGAUCAGGCCCAGCUGAGAGAGAGAGAGUUGAGGGAGCACCCUACCCCAGUUCAUACUCCUGUCCUUCUGGGUUUUGCCCUCCCUUUCUGCCCCCACCCCCUUCCACCCACCACCAGCAUCAUUUAUUUUUGACCGCCUGCUUCCUGCUAUCCUUAGGGCGAGGACAAGCAAAAAUUCACCAGCCAAGUCCCCUUGCUCCUCCUUUUGUUUAACAGCCAAGGCGUAAUAGCCGCGGUCCAGGUAAGUCCCGUUUGGCAAAAGGCCCUUUUAAGUUGUGCCUUUUUGCCAGUCUGCUCUGCCUUUCAGUUUGGUUUUUACACCCUCCCCUCACCCCAAAAAGUUUGAUGCUCCUUGUCUUUCACUUGACCUUUUUAGCUCUCGUGCAUUUUGUUGUGUUAGGGGUUUUUUCCCUCCUCUCAAAAAUGAGAGGAGGAAAAAAGUUGGCUAUGGCACUUGUUACUUCAUUCCCCACCCCACCCCCUACUUGCAGGCCAUCCUUCCUCCUCUGGGGAGAAGGUAUUGGCAAGGAUUGAAAUGGGAGGUAGAAAACAGGUUCAGAUUGGUGGUUUGCUGUAAAAAUAUUUAUGUGUGUGUGUGUGUGUGUGUGAUUAUAGAUGAAGUGCUUAAUUUACAAAUUAAGCUCAACUAUACAUGCUUCCUCUGAUCAGGUAACCUCUUCAGUCCAACUCCAUGUAGCAUCUUUCUCUGCUGUGGGCGGGGCCAAGACAUCUUGGCACCUGAUGUGAACCACAAAAUGGUGCCCCCUCCCUCCCAAGGAAGAAGGGGUAGGUGAAGAUUCACAUCAGUAACAAAGGGCCAGACCCUUCAAGUGCCCCUGUUUUCCAGGGACAGUCCUGGAUUUACAGAAGUCGUCCCAGUUUCUGAUUUGAUCCUAGAAAGACCCGCUUUUCCUUAGGAUGUCCCUGUUAUCAUCAGAGAAAUGUUGGAGGGUGUAGAGUUAUGCAACCUUCAAGCCGAGGAGAUAAGUAAUUAUACAACCUUUAGAAAGCAUCUGAAGGCAGCCCUCUAUAGGGAAGUUGUUUUAACGUGUGAUGCUUUUUAUAUAUGUUGGAAGCUGUCCAGAGUAGCUGGAGAAACCCAAGCAGAUGGGUGGGGUACAAGUAAUAAAAUUAUUCGCAUUAUUAUGAAAUAGGAUGUCCUUAUUUCCACUGGAGAAAUGUUGGAGGGUAUGAGAUCCACAUCGGUAUCUGCUGCCCCUGUGGAUCCUGCCGCCUGAGGGGAUCACUUCACCCCCUCAUGGGUGGGCCGGCCUUGGCUGUGGAAUACAGGCCCAAACCUACAACCUACGACCAGCAUAGAUGAUUCCAUUCUUAACAGUGCUGUCACACCCUUUAAAGCAAUCUUAGCUAACUAAUCAAAUAAGUUGUAACCGACUGAUUAAAUCUGCACACACUUGCAAAUGUGUGCAGAUUUAAUCAGUACGCUACAACUUACUUGAUUAGUCUGCUAUCCUUCAUCUUACAUAUACUGGUCUCAACAGGUAUUCUAUUAAAAGAGGAAUUCCCUCCAGGUGUAAAUUGAAAGUUGUGUGUGGUAGGGAAGAUACCUCCUCUGCCAUCUGCACUUCUUAAAUUUAUAUUUUUAUAUUGAAACAUUCAACCUAUAAAAAGGAAGUGUUGCCUUAAUCAUAGCUGCCUUUUCACUUGAUUAAACAAUUUCAUCUAAGAAUAGUAAAUGCAACUUAAAUGCUGCCGCCCCAAUUCUUACAGAUAUUUUCAGGGAUGGAAUAUAUUGCUUAAUUUAAAUUACUGGCAACUGCUUCUGAACAUAGAAAUCAUACAGUACCUAAGAUAUUUUCCCCUAGUGUGCAGAGGACGCUUCUGUGUGCGUGUGUGUGUGUGCAAAAGAGUUGUGAAAUUUGUAAUCGAAAGGAAGUGUGCAGGUGACAGGAGACAAACUUGCCCCCACCCUGUCUUUCCUCCUAGCCCAGUUCACUGCCAGUAAUCUGGGCAGGUAAAUUCCAUAGGGAGGUUUUGAUGUAAAAACCAGACUGCCUCCCCCCCCACUGCCCAGUCUUUGCUUCAUACAAGAACGGCUAUGGAAGCAGACACCUUCUGUUCUUUAGCACACAGGAGCCCUAAACAAGCUUUUUGUUUGUUUCCGGCUUUGCAGGAUGGCUGGCUACAUCCUAAUCCCAUGAGUGCUUCAAAAGCCUUCUCCUGCCUGCCCCCCCCCUUUUCUGCAAAUUUCCCUGCCUCGUUUUGCAAAUUACCUUGUAGCAAAAUUGGUUCCUAGAGAAGUGCACAACUGUUAGUGCAACAACUCAGUGUUAUUUUGCUGGUUUACCUAGAAGACCUUUUUGGUGUCCUCAGAAUGGUUAUUGUGGAGGUUUGCUUAGAAAUAAAAGGAAGGAAAGACUACUGAAAAUCACAAGAAAUGCUACAUUUUUUGUAUAAAAGAAGUUGGUUAUGGGGAAUAAUUAUUAAUCCCAUUCCUGAAUUAUUUUGUUGUAAGAUUUUUAGAUGGUGGAGAAAAUAAUAUUGUUGAACUGAAUACUGGAAGACUUUAGAGGGGGAUUACCCUUGAGUGUGGCGAAUCCAAAUGGCUUCCAGCUCCCAUUUCUGCCUCUGUGACCUGAGAAUCUUGCUUUGGGAAACCAAAUAUCUUAGCAGGAUCACACAAUGCAUGCUGGCUUGGCAAACUUCUAUCCUGAGGAGGGGCAGGGCAAGGUAGUAGCAAGGUAUUUUGAUUAGUACUAAAACAUAUGCCAUAGCGACCUUAGAAGCUGAUAAACAAACUUUCUUUUUAAAUCCUCCCUUUUUUUGUUCCCUGGGAGAUGGGAAAGGGUGGUGCGAUGAUUGCCUUGUGCUGAAUUCACAGGUUGGGAGGUCAAGUGUCUCACGUGAUAUAGUUCACAGAUUAGACAAGUUGGACUGUGUGCAUAUUACCUGCUUAAAAUGUGGCUAGGCCAUAUAUAUAUAUAUAUAUAUAUAUCAAGUUCAGAGCAAAGCUGGUUUAAGGUAAAAUGUAUAAAAAUGCAGUAUUUCAUAAGAAAUGGCAGGAUAUUACCAUUAUUAUUAUUAUUUAGUUGAUUUGCUCAUACAAAUGACUUAAAGAUAUUUACAAACACAGUAGAAGGACUUAAACCAAUUGCAGUAAACACAAUCAAUUAAAACAUAAAGGAAAUCAAGCCAAAUGCAUUUAUGUAAAUAAAAGACAGGUCUAGCAGAUCCUGACCCGCCAAAUUUUGAGGAUAGGUGUGGAUUUCCUGUUUGCACGGCUUCCCAAACCAGCAGUGGAAUUGCUGUGGAUGCAGAGUAAAUGGGAGCAUGUGCACAGACUUAUUCACUGUGGGACUCCCUCCUGGCCUCCACAGAACAGGGAGUAGGAUGGCUCCCAUAUCUUUGCCUUGUGAAGGGAGUGUAAGACUGCAUCCUGUGGGCUCCCAGCACUGAUUUGGGAAGUGGUGGACACAAAACGUUAGCCGCGAUCCAAAUACUGUAUUUUUCGCUCUAUAAGACACACCAGACCACAAGACGCACCUAGUUUUUGGAGGAGGAAAACAAGGAAGAAAAAAAUUCUGAAUCUCAGAAGCCAUAACAGCAAGAGGGAUCGCUGCGCAGUGAAAGCAUCAAUCCCUCUUGCUGUUCUGGCUUCUGGGAUAGCUGUGCAGCCUGCAUUCGCUCCAUAAGACGCACACACAUUUCCCCUUACUUUUUAGGAGGGAAAAAGUGAGUCUUAUAGAGCAAAAAAUACGGUAUAUUCCAUCAUUUCUUAUGAAAUACUGUGUUUUGAUAGAUUUCCCUGCAAACUAGCUUCAGUCUGAAUUGAGGAAAAGAACGAUGUAGCUGCAUUUUAAUGUAUACACAGUCAAAGAGAGAAGAGGGAGUGGAGCCACGUGCAAAUGCAGCCUUGCCUCCACUCAUGCCUCUGCCUUCCUCUCCACUGUGCCAUUAAGGGGGAGACUGCAGUGAUCGGGGCCGUACUCCUCCCCCCUGUGUGUCCUGCUCCAUGCAUCUGGGGUGUGGUUCCUGUGAGGCAGGAAGGGAGCAUAAGUGGUUGGCCAGCAGUGGCAAGGGUUGGCGUGCCUGGCUCUUGCCAAAAGGGAGUGUGCAGGGAAAUCCUGCCCACCUGCUAUUUCCGCAGGUGAGCAGGGAAGGAAGACUGUCGAAGCCAUGUAGUUCAGGUAAGACACAGUGGCAAAGGGGUGAGGGGAUGGGAGGAGACAGCUUUAGCAGUUGCACAUGGUACCGGCCACCCACAAGCUGGUGCCAUCCAUUUGUUUUGGAUUACAAGCCCACACCAGUUUAGAGAAGUCUGAUGCAGAAGGACAAGUCUUGCUGAAGAAUAACCAGGCAUGGCUUGUGCCAGAGGUUAAGUCUUGCCUCAACAACCUUUUUUUGAAUUGAGUUGUAGUCCAAAACAUCUGAAGGGCACCAGGUUGGCAAAGGCUGCAUUGCAGCAAGCGUCUUCCACUUCCCAAACCCUCCCUGGCUCACCUGUGCAGGGUGCCCUGUCCUGGUCUUCCCGAGGGUUGUAGGAGAAGUUUUAGCAACAUGCUUCAGAUCACACGUGUUCUUGGGAUGCAAGUCCUCCCCACUUUUUGCACAAAGUGCCCCUUUCCUUAUAGCCCCCUGCCCCAGAGUUCCCUCCUGUGAGCACUAAGCAUACACAACAUGAGCCAGAAAGAUGAAGCCCCAUGUUACACACCCUGCCAUCUGAAUUAUGGUCUCCCUGUGUGGGGAUUAUAUCCUGGCAGUGUUGCGCUGACAUUGGGUGUUGGAGUUACACCAUACGCUCUGCCGUGGCAAUGUAGUCCUUGUAGUCAAUGACACAGGGCUAGUUUUUAUUCCCCUCCACCCCUGGUUGCAGUAAAAGGGGAGGAAAUUAUUUGCAUCAGGUCCUGGGUGGAACACAGCAAAAUUCCACCAUUGGCCAGGCUACAGCCACAGGGAAUUGAAGGCAUACUGGAUACAGUCUACGUUUUCUUACCCCCAUGGUGCCCACACCCCACCUAUCACUCCAUCCCAUUUUGGCCAUUCCACCGCCAGCAUAUUGGUGUAUCUGUCACAACAGUGGCCUGUCUGGCAUUCCGCUACUGGAUCUGGCAUUCCGCCAAAAUAAACCCUAAAGCCCCUCCAUCAGCAUCACCCCAGUACAGGAUUGCACCUUAAAAGGCCUGGAGAAAUAAAGGGAUAGGUGCCAGGUGAACCAGGGAGGGCAUUCCAUACCACCCAAAAUGUCCUGUCUACCAUACUCACCUACUGUACCUCACCUGAUGUGGGGCACUUUGAGAAAGGUGCCCGAAGAUUAUCUUGUGGGAGGGAGGUUGUACCCUGGUAGUCUCAGUCUGUGAAGAAUCUGAGAGCAUAAGAUAACUGCUUUGCUGUUACUUUGCAAGACCGCUUUGCCCUGCUGUUUUCUUUUUCUCAGGGGUUAAGAGGUCCCUGUUAGCUUGGCUGGGCCAAUUUGCCUUUCCAGGUCUCUCUGGGGUUGUGUUCUGUUCAUUCCUUGCUUCACUCUCCACUCCUCUUGCUUAAAUGCAUAUAUAUUUACCUCUUUCCCCUUCCUUCUGUGAGCCUUUCAGGCUGUGGGGAGGGUUUUUGUCUUCCUUCUUUCAGAUGCAUUAUCUUAAGAGGGCGAACAUUCAUGCCCUCCCUUGUCUUCCUUCCCAGGGUGACUGGGUGUGGCUGAAGAAAUUCCCAGGCGAAAAGCACACUGAAAUCAAACCUGCCACCAAAACAGCAUUCUUAAAGGUUAGUGCUCUUGCGCUACCCUCUGUGGCCAUUGGGGGUCCCUGCUGCUUCAGUGGGUGAGUGCAGUUCCCAACCUGACCACUAGGACUAUGCAUAGCGCCCUCUACUGGACGGUCAUCCAACAGCCCCUAUCCUCCGGGGUCUCCCUCCUCUCAUCCCUCCAUUCUUGUUACUUUCCCCCACCUUCAGCUCCGGGACCUGCGACACGAAAAUGUCAACCUUUUCCUGGGCUUCUUCCACGACUGUGGGAUCUUUGCCGUGGUCUCAGAGCACUGCACACGUGGCAGCCUUGAGGAUCUAAUCCAAAACGAGGACAUGAAGCUGGACUGGAUGUUCAAGUCGUCCUUGCUGCUAGACCUUAUUAAGGUGCUUGAGGGAGAGGGAUCUAGCGAUCUGGUUUUUGGGAUCUGGGUGGGUAGGUAAUGCCAGGCUGGGAACUUGGCAUGAAGGGGAUUUACCCAUCCUAGGAAGAGGAGCAGGACAUCUCUGAUGGGAACAGGAAAGGACACUGAAGUGUAAGUGGGUUCCCACAAGGCAAGACACAGUGAUAACAGCAAGAACCACAUAAUUGGGAAACAGGGGCAAAGCAACUGCUUAUAUACAUUCCUGAAAACCUGGGCCACUCCCCCUCCCAACGUGAUUGGCUGUCUAAACUUCCACGUUGCGAAUCACAACUCAGAGUUCAAGGGCCAAUGGCAGAGGCCCAAAUCCUGAAAUGUUCUGUGUUUGGACAUCAAUGUAUCCAAUCAGAACACAGGAGCUCAGAAUCCUUAGUCCAGGGUCAAGCUCAGGCAAACACAGACCACUGAAUACAUAACAGAAACCACAGCACUGGCGGAGGAAGAGGAGUGGGGGGGGGAGGGCACCGCCCCCGGCAGCGCGAUCCCGGCAGGGUGCCAACUCGGCUGCCCUCCCCCACUGGGCGCCCUGCCCCUGCAGGCGGCGCGCCUCGCCCCCAGGAUGCACGCCAGCCCCACCCCCGCCUGCUUUCCGCCUCUCUGGUGUUGGAACAUGAAGCUCCACUACUGAACCACGGAGUCCUGCUGGAUCAGACCACAGUUCCUUUUUGGCCAGCAUCUUCCUUCUUGCUGUGGCAAGUCAGGUGCCUCUGGGAAAGUCCACAAGCAGGGUUGCAGGCAGUGACAUUCCCAUCCAGUACCUGAACCUGUGACCUUAUACAAGCCAAACAGAUACUCUACUGCUGACCUGUGUCUCUUCCCCAAUCCAUCUGGAUUUUGCAGUAUCCAGGGGUCUUGCUUGCCUAACAGAGAAGUCAGAGGUAUUCUAUAGAACAAGGUGGUAUAAACACAAGGGAAACUUGUUGGCAGAAUCAUAUUGGAGAAUCCACCACAGGUGGGUGGGUAGGCAGUGUAAUAAGAAUAUUUUUGUAGGUUUUCCAGCUUACGCAGUCCAUCAGGCUGGACACUGUUGCCCAAACCUCCUGGUCUAUUUGUCAAAAACAUCUGGAUUGGCUUAGACCAGUCUUCACAACCAGGUGCACUCCAGUUGUUUUACAGCUCCCAUCAGCCCCAGAAAGCCUAGCAGCUUAUCUACAUUUCCCUUUUUCCUACCACUUUUCCCCGGGGAAACAUACCAUUUAUCGCUGAAUUGGAACAAAUGGCAAUAGGGUUUUCUGUGGGGAUAGCACAGGUUUUCUAGGGGAUAGCAGGAAAAAGGCAAAUCUGCUCAGACCUGUGCCUAGAAAGCAUGGGGCAAGCGGGAAAUUGCUUGGAUAAUAAUAAUAAUAAUAAUAAUAAUAAUAAUAAUAAUAAAUUAUUUAUACCCCACCCAUUUGGCUGGGUUUCCCCAGCCACUCUGGGCGGCUUUCAACAGAAUAUGAAAAUACAAUAGUCUAUUAAACAUUAAAAGCUUCCCUAAACAGGGCUACCUUCAGAUGUCUUCUAAAAGUCUGGUAGUUGUUGUUCUCUUUGACAUCUGGUGGGAGGGCGUUCCACAGGGCGGGUGCCACCACCGAGAAGGCCCUCUGCCUGGUUCCCUGUAACUUGGCUUCUUGCAGCGAAGGAACUGCCAGAAGGCCCUCGGUGCUGGACCUCAGUGUCCAGGCAGAACGAUGGGGGUGGAGACGCUCCUUCAGGUAUACUGGACCCAUGUUUUUUAGGCAUGGCAAGCAGAAAUGUGGACGAGCUGUAGGGAUUUCAGUCCAAAACAUCUGGAGGGCAGCAGGUUGGCAAAGGCUGGUUUCAAAGAUGUCCUGGCAGUAGGAGGGAGGAAGGAGAGAAAUGGGUGCUGCUGUUCUUGGGAGGAGAUCCAAGCAAUAGAACAGAGCUGUGAGCAGACUCUUCACCCCUUUCUUCCCUCUGCUCUCCAGGGGAUGAAAUACCUCCACCAUCAUGACUUCCCACAUGGGCGGCUGAAGUCUCGGAACUGCGUGGUGGAUGGCCGCUUUGUCCUCAAGGUCACCGACCAUGGCUACAACGAGCUGUUGGAGGCCCAGAAGAUCCCACGAGAGACACCAAGCCCAGAGGGUUAGUAGGGGAAGUUGGGACCUGGGAAGGGGAAGGGAGACGGGCAAAUACAAAAUCUGGGGUAUGUUGCAGAGAGCUUUGCUAAGCAGGGAAGGUGUCGCUGCUGCUCCCUGCUGUGAAAUGCUUUUUAAAACCAGUGACAUAUAUUGCUCUACUGGCUGGCACAGUUUUUCCACGGAAUCGUUCAAUAUAGAUUAGAGAUCAGCGGCAAACAGCCCUCUGGGAUUUUGCCAGCCCGUCAACCAGAAAUAUAGAUAGCAGCAAAGAUUGCACCCACCUCUGCAUUUUCUACGUUAUGAAAGGAGGCUGAAUCUCAGGUGUCUGUAGAGAAACAGUGCCCAAACAUUUCAAGUUGCACUCUUUAUUCACAGCAAUUUUAACAGGGACUUUAGAAGCAGGUUUUUAGCAAGGGGCUGCAGAACUCAGAUACACACAUCCACUGUGUUUCAAGCAGCCAGUGGCUGAACAAGAGAGGAAUGAGGAAGUCUCCAUCGCUGGCCUUGGAGGAGGCUGCAGGUUUUGCUCCCCUUGUUAGAUUUGGAGGGGGAACCCAUAAUAAAGGGGGCAGACCGAUGGAGCUAUAGAGAAUGCCUGCAGAUGCAGGGAAUGAGAGGCAGAGAAGGCAUAAUGGAGGAGGGGAUGCCUCAAAGUACUUAAUUUUUGUUUCCCAUGCCCCCUUCUAGACCGGUUAUGGACGGCGCCUGAGCUACUGCGAGACCCAUCCCAGGAGCGGAAAGGCUCUUUCCGGGGAGAUGUCUUCAGUAUCUCCAUAAUUAUGCAGGAAGUCAUAUGCCGUGCUGCCCCCUAUUGCAUGCUGGACAUGACCCCUGAAGGUAUAUAAAGGGCAGGGAUUGGUGGUGACAGCCCCCAUCCCCAACCUUUCCUUGUGUGUAUGACUAGGGGCCUUCUGCAUGCCAAGCAGAGGCUGUGCUCCUGAACAACGAGCCCAUUCCAUGUAACAUGGCAUUGUUGUUGUUUAGUCGUUGAGUCGUGUCCUACUCUUCGUGACCCCCCUGGACCAGAGCACGCCAGGCACUCCUGUCUUCCACUGCCUCCCGCAGUUUGGUCAAACUCAUGCUGGUAGCUUCGAGAACACUGUCCAACCAUCUCGUCCUCUGUCGUCCCCUUCUCCUCGUGCCCUCCAUCUUUCCCAACAUCAGGGUCUUUUCCAGAGAGUCUUCUCUUCUCAUGAGGUGGCCAAAGUAUUAGAGCCUCAGCUUCAGGAUCUGUCCUUCCAGUGAGCACUCAGGGCUGAUUUCCUUAAGAAUGGAGAGGUUUUAUCUUCUUGCAGUCUGUGGGCUUCUCCAGAGUCUCCUCCAGCACCAGAAUUCAAAAGCAUCCAUUCUUCGGCGAUCAGCCUUCUUUAUGGUCCAGCUCUCACUUCCAUACAUCACUACUGGGAAAAUCAUAGCUUUAACUAUGGCAUUUAACAUGGCAUUACCACAUUGCUUUUCCAUGGCAAACUUUGUCUGGUGUGAAUUGGAGGGUCACUCUGGAGUUGGUCAUGCUGGAAUGACAAAUAUGGAAAAGUUAGAACCAUAUUCCUGCAAUGCAGGAAUCGCAACUAAAGCAUCCAUGACAGAUGCCAUCCAACCUCUGCUUAAAAACCUCCAAGGAAGAAGAGUCCAUUCCACUGUUGAACCGCUCUUACUGUCAGAAAGUUCUUCCUAAUGUUUAGUCAGAAUCUCCUUUCUUGUAACUUGAAGCCAUUGGUUUGAGUCCUACCCUCCAGGGCAGGAGAAAGCAAACUUGCUCCAUAUUCCAUGGGGCAGCUCUUAAGAUAUUUGAGGGUGGCUAUCAUAUUGGUUUGGUUUGGAGAGUUGAGCAGGGUUGCUGUGGCGGGUAGGUGAGUUAAUGUGCUGGCCCCGAGUCAAGUGGAGCAGAAACAUGGCGGGAGUUAAGGAAGGGUGCAGGGUGGCUGGUCUUGAUUACAUGCAGAGGACAGGCCCUGUUGUAGGGUUUGGUUGUUGAAACACAGAGUGCUGUGUGAAGCAGGUAGUUUAUGCAGUGAUUGCAGAGUGGAGAGGAGUUGGCCUGCGCAGGACAGAAGCGAAUUGUUUUCCUUGUCCGACAGAGAUCAUCAAGAAAGUAGAAAAGCCGCCCCCACUCUGCCGGCCCUCUGUUUCGGUAGACCAAGCCCCGAUGGAGUGCAUUCAGCUGAUGAAGCAGUGCUGGAGCGAGCAGCCUGAGAAAAGGCCAAACAUCAACCAGAUUUUUGACCAGGUGAGUGGGCCUCCCGAGUAGCUAUUUGCCAGGAUCCCAGAGGGUAGGGAGAUUGCUUCCUAAUGCCCCUUCCGUCCCUCUCCUGCAGUUCAAGAGCAUCAACAAAGGUCGGAAGACAAACAUCAUCGACUCCAUGCUACGGAUGUUGGAGCAGUACUCCAGCAACUUGGAGGACUUGAUCCGGGAGCGAACGGAAGAGCUGGAGGUUGAGAAGCAAAAGACAGACAAGUUGUUAACGCAGAUGUUGCCCCCGUGAGUCUGUGGAAAUUAUGUGCGGAGCUUAAGUGGGGCAACCAGAGCGUGUCCUGAUGGCCUGACAUUCCUAGAAAUGAGGGAAUUGCCUGUUCACCUGUGCAUGUAAGAGGUCUCCAAGUGGGUUGUGUUGCCUGCCUUGCAGGUCAGGUACAGGAAAUGCCCGAAACUUCUACAGAAGACAUUUCUGCUCUCUUCCUGUUGAGGCUCAGUCCGUUUCCUGUCUCAGCUCAGUGCAACAACCUGUUUGGAGUCUCUCUCCUUCAAUCUGUUCUCUUACACCCUAGCUAUUAUUUCAUCUCCUCCUUUAUUUCAAGGGGGGCGGGGCUUUUUUUUGUCCUCAUUUAUUUUCUCCAACCACUCUUUCUCUGUUUUUCUUUUAACGCGUAAAACAAAAAACGCUCAGCUUUUCUCAAAGUUUCCCAUCUUUUUUUAUUGCUCCCCUUUUCUGAGCUCCCUUCUGAGCCAUGAAGCAAGGAUUUUUCUCGCUGCCCCUUCCUUGCUUUGCUGGGAUUAAUAUGUUCUGUCAGCAGUGAGAAUUGCUAAGCUUGGGUUAGAAUUUGGAGAGAAAUUGGGGGAAGCUGUUUUUUAAAAAUAUUGUUAAUUGCAAUUACAGGCACCCUUAAGUGCUUUCUGAUUCUCCAAAGGAGAGACUGGCUGACAUUUCUGCUUGUCACCCCUUCAGUUCAGUAGCGGAGGCCCUGAAGACUGGCGCUCCAGUGGAACCAGAGUAUUUUGAAGAGGUGACCUUGUACUUCAGUGACAUUGUGGGCUUCACCACCAUCUCAGCCAUGAGUGAGCCCAUUGAGGUGGUUGACCUUCUGAAUGACCUUUACACCCUCUUCGAUGCCAUCAUCGGCUCCCAUGAUGUCUAUAAGGUACAGACCUGUUGGCUCUGUCAGCCACCUUUACUGUGGGCAGGAGGCAGAGAAAGGCUGGGGCUUGGAGGAUCCAAGGGAUGUGAAAGAAAAGAAGAUGGGACGACACGGGUGCUUAGUGUUGCCAAGCGAAACUCAUAUUGGCUGGGAAGUGGCUGGGCCUUGAGUUAGUUGGAGGGGAGGAUGAUUCUAGGGCUCCUAGUGAUAAUCAGGAGGGGGGUGUUCUUCAGGGUCCAUUUCCUAGGUCUCCCUGGCCCUCUGGCAACUGGGGGAGCCUCUUUCAUCAUGGACUCAACCCCUACUAGGGUUCUGUCCUGGGCAUGGGACAGGAUCUUAGCCUGAGUGGAGAAUGUGCUAGAUAUAGAUAUGUCCAGAGAUAAACAGGUCACAUAUUGCUAGUAAAAAUUUAGGAUCCAGGAGGUGAAGUCAGGUCAAUCAAAGGUCAGUCAACUCAGAUGAUAGAUGCUGGUCUGAUAAAACAGAGGUCAACAUCCUUAAAGGCUAAGUAGCAAGGUGGUUAGCACCCUGGAGAGCUCCAGGUGACACACAUUCUGGCUGUCAGACAAGGCAGGCUUGUGGACAUUCAUUCCAGGGAAUCCCGACUGAGCCUUAACUAGGACUGCAACUUCCUCUGGGCAACUAGGUGGGUGGAGCCUCUCCUCUUAAAGGAGCCCAGACUGCUUCUGAAGCUGCUGCCUCCAGCAGCGCGGUGGAGCUCUGGGUUCUGCUGCGGCCUCUGAGCUGGAACCCAGUGUGGGAAGGCAACGUGACCUCUUCAGGCUGGAGAGGUGCUGGCAUCAGGAACUCUACUGAUGAGGAGAGAAUGGCAAAGCCUGGUUCUCAGAGCAGGCCCUGUUCCUGGCUCAAGGUGUCCCCUGAAUCCAUGGCCUCUUCCCUUAAGAACGGACUCCAUCUCCACCUGGCUUCUCCCAACAGGUGGAGACCAUUGGCGACGCCUACAUGGUUGCUUCCGGGCUGCCCAAGCGCAACGGCAACCGGCACGCAGGUGAGAUCGCCAACAUGUCGCUGGAUAUCCUCAGCGCUGUCGGCACCUUCAAGAUGCGUCACAUGCCAGACGUGCCAGUACGGAUCCGCAUCGGCCUGCACUCAGGUAGGCUGUCACGAAGGCAGGGCUGCUGCAAUGGCCUCCAGCCACAGGGACCCACCUGUACUUCGUGGCCCUAUCCACCCUUACUUGGCUCUUCUGAAGAGAGCUCAACUGGGCAGGAGGGGAGAGGUGAUGGGGAGAGCAGUUAAGGUUGAAGAAACCUCUGAGCUCAAGGCUGAUCUGUUUCCCACGGCAGGGCCUUGUGUGGCUGGUGUGGUGGGGCUGACGAUGCCACGGUACUGUCUUUUCGGAGACACAGUCAACACCGCCUCACGGAUGGAGUCCACAGGACUGCGUGAGUAGCACAUGGCCUAGACUGGGGGGCUGCAGGGGGAGGGGGUUUCUGCUGGGGGUGGAGUCUGCCCAAUUUGGAUGCCACUAAUAAUAAUAUUGUAGGGACGUGGGUGGCUCUGUGGGUUAAACCACAGAGCCUAGGACUUGCUGAUCAGAAGGUCAGCGGUUUGAAUCCCCGCCACGGGGUUGCUCGGUCCCUGCUCCUGCCAACCUAGCAGUUCGAAAGCACGUCAAAGUGCAAGUAGAUAAAUAGGUACCGCUCCGGUGGGAAGGUAAAGAGCGUUUCUGUGCGCUGCUCUGGUUCGCCAGAAGCGGCUUAGUCAUGCUGGCCACAUGACCCGGAAGCUGUACGCCGGCUCCCUUGGCCAGUAAAGCGAGAUGAGCAUUGCAACCCCAGAGUCAGCCACGACUGGACCUAAUGGUCAGGAGUCCCUUUACCCCUUUACCUAAUAAUAAUAUUAUAUUUCUUACACCCUUCCCAUCUGACUGGGUUGUCCCAGCCACUCCGGGUGGCUUCCAACAAACAUAGGAAUAAAAGGCAAUAAUUUAAAAAGCCAUCAAACUUUAUGGCGAUAGAUUAGGGAACAAAUGGAAAUUCGAGGAAGGGCCAUAGCUCAGUGGCAGGGCCUCUGCUGUGUAUGAAGCUUCAAUCCAUGGUGGCAUUAAUGGCUCUCCAGGGAUUCAGGCCGGCGCCUUUCUCAGCCUCACAAGGAGAUGCUGGGGAUUAAACCUGGGACCUUUUGCACACUAAGCAGGCGUGCCCCUUCCCCUGGUUUUGGGAUCCCAGCCAUUGGUCCGGGGGGGGGGCAGGGUUUUCUCCCUUUCUCAUAACAAUAGAACUCAUGGAUAGCCAAUGAAGUGUUUAGGAUGGAUAAAAGAAAGUCCUCCUUCACACAGCGUGAAGUUAAACCAUGAAACUUGCUCCCACAGGUGGCAGUGAUGGCCACCAACACAGAUGACUUUAAAAGUGGGGUAGACAAAUUCAUGGAGGAGGCGAGGGCUAUGGAGGCAGCAGUGCUUCUGGAAACCAGUUGCUGGAAGCCACAGGAGGGAGCAGGACUCAUGUGCUCAAAUCCUUCUUGUGGAUUUCCCAUGGGCAUCUGGUUGGCCACUGUGAGAACAGGAUGCUGGAGGAGAUGGGCCUGAUCCAGAAGACCCUUCUUAUGCUGUUAUGUCUCCCAGAGGCACCCCCAUCUCACCCCCCACCUGUUGUCUCCGCAGCUUAUCGAAUCCACGUCAACAUCCGCACCGUUCAGAUCCUACAUGACCUCAAGGAGGGCUACAAGUUGGACCUUCGAGGCAAGACGGAGCUCAAGGUACCUGGGGCAAGGGAGGGGCGUCUUCCGACUGCAAGGACCCUCCAAUUCUCCCUCCUAUCUCCGGUCAAAGCUCCACCCAGAGGAUGCAGAACAGACCCAAAUCCCUAGGAUGGGGGAGCCCUCUGGCAAGCAAAAGAGACGCCCCCUUCAUUUGCAUGUGCGUCCAUGGGUGAUGGUUUCUCCGGCAGGGAAGCAAACAGAGCAGCCCCAGUGUGGGCAGCACACCUGUGUGUGCUUUGGAACUGCUAGAUCAGCAGUUCCCAAACUGUUUGGGGCCACUGCCUCCCCCACCCCGUUGCAUAAACCCAUCCCCAGUGCCGCCUACCCUACCCUAUAAAAAGCAUUGUUCAGAGUAGCCGUUUGCACAACCCACUAAGGAAGAUAAGAGCACAAUGGAAUUGUGCAACAGUCCAGCAACUGUAACCAUUUAUUGCACAUUUAUUCAAAAUUGAUUUACAACUAAGUAGUGUAUUUAAUUUGGCAAAACGGAUUAACUUGUUCCAGUGACAACCAGCUUUUCAAGAGGAUAGUCCUUUACACCUGCAGUGCCGCCUCUGUUUUAUGAAAUUAGUUAGCCCAUCUAGCACUUAAUAGAAUUUAUAGAAUUUAGCACUGAAUAAAAUGUAUGUGCUUUGGUAACCCCUGCAUUUACCCUCUGUAAUGGAACCUGUGUAUCGAUGCUCUAAUGACUUUUGUGCUAUCUGGACUUCUCAGCCCUGACCCACCCUGUAUAUCUGAGUGCUCCUUGCAUAGUGUAGCAACAGAAUGUUUAUGUGACAGGCUGUUCUUGCCUUCAGUCUCCCCAGGGGGGAAGCUAUAGGAACGGUAUGUUAAGGACUUUUUGGAUGUCUGCUUGUCAAGAAGACAGACAGUAAGUGUGUGAAAUGAACGGUCUAAGGCAUCAAGAGACCGGGGCACCCAAGGUAAUGGGUGAAAGAGGAUAACGAAGAGAAGCAAGACAGCUUUAGCUCCCUGACCUUUCACGUAUGCAUUAUACGAGCUAAAACUAGUAUCUUUCUGAAAACCCCAUGCAAGCUGUGUUAAAAUGUGCCUCGGACAGUUCUCCUAACUGGUGGUCCUCUGAACUCCUGGUUUGGAAAUGCUGUCGCUUAUCUCUUAAUAAACUGGGACACUAAGCUUGUAUAUCUCUCCUGGCUGCAUUUCUCUUUAAGGUGUUAUUCCCUCACCAGGCCAUGAACCAUUAAGAGGUGGUUUAGAAGUAAGUUCUUAGCCCACUGCUGCCCCCUUGCCUCUUAGCCCCGCCCCCAGGUAAUCCCACUGCCCCCUCGCCCAAGGGGAGGUAGCACCUGCCUUGGGAACUGCUGUGUUGGCAAAGCGCUUCUGGUUUCACCUGUUGCAAGGAUUUUUUUGGGGGGCUGCUGCUCUUGGUGCUCAGGGAGUUCAUUCGAAACAUGUCCUCGCACCCGCAUCAGCCUCUUUCUUUUUCUCUGCAGGGAAAAGGCACUGAAGAGACAUUUUGGCUCACAGGUCGCGCGGGCUUUAACAAACCUAUCCCCACACCCCCUGACCUACAGCCAGGGUGAGUUCAGAGGACAAGGAACAGAACAUCCAGCUUUGGAACAGAAUAGGGUGGGCUCUGGGCUCUUUGGGGACACGGCCCCCUUCUCCACACAAACCCCCUGUUUCUCCUCUCUGCUUCCAGGGCCAGCAACCACGGGAUAAGCAUGCACGAGAUCCCAGAAGACCGAAGGAAGAAGCUAGAGAAAGCACGCGGAGGGAAUGCGUAG